GUUUUGAUUUUUGUGUAAAACGUGACUGCUUAAAAUUAUUCAAAAAUUAAAAAAGUAAUGGAAAGCAGAAUUAAUGUCACGCCUGGAUUUUGUCCAAAUUGUGGAAGUAUUUUGCCCCCACUUAAAUCACAAGGAUCUGUGAUAUGUUUUUUAUGCUCGAAAGAAUUUGAUCCAUCAAUUUUUGGACGGAUGGAAGUCGAGUACACUGUUCAUUUCAAUAAAAUAAUCGAUAAAAGGAACAAGAAUAAAGAAGUCAAUGAAGAGGAAUCAGAAGGUCCAGUAGUCGAACGGAAAUGCCUGAAAUGUGGAAACAAUAAGAUGAGCUACGCCACAUUACAACUCCGAUCCGCAGAUGAAGGACAAACAACUUAUCGGGUAACUCCAAGCAAAUUUAUUUUGUUGUUUCUUCAAAAAAAUAAAAACAUGAGCGAAGAAGAGAAAAAUGGCAAAACAGACGAUGGCAGUGAGGUGACAUAUGAAAAAGCCAAGGAAUAUUGGCAGACAAUAGAACCAACAGUGUGUGGUAUGUUAGGUGGACUUCCAGAAGUAGGAUUUCUUGAUAUACAAGCAUCAACAAGGUUUUUAAAAUUAUUAUUUAAAUUUAAACCAGCACCAGGAAGAAACAGAGCUUUGGAUUGUGGGGCUGGUAUUGGUCGUGUCUCGAAGAAUCUUUUAAUGAACGAGUUCCAAACAGUUGAUCUGAUAGAACAAGAUGAAAAAUUUUGUCAAAAGGCUCGAGAAUCUUUAGCCAAUUCAGGUCACUUAGGAGAAGUGUUCAAUGUUGGGCUACAAGAUUUUAAUGAAUCUGAUAUUAAAUAUGAUGUUGUGUGGUCACAAUGGGUUCUGGGACAUAUUGAAGAGCCUGACUUAAUUCAAUUCUUUAAGAGAGUUUCAAAAAUGUUGAAUAAAAAUGGAAUUAUUGUGGUUAAGGAAAAUUUCACGAAAAACAAUGAAACUAUUGUCGAUGAAAUAGAUUCAUCCGUAACUCGCCCAAGAGGUCAUUUCAAAAAAAUAUUAAAAGAAUCAAAUCUUAAAAUUAUAAAAGAAGAACGUCAGACAAAUUUCCCAAAAAGUCUGUUUCCGGUGUACAUGUUAGCAAUGAAACCAAUAAAUAAAUAAGUUAAUUAACUAUGUAAUACCUUUAUUU